AUGUCAUCUCGAACUCGUUCUGUUCAACCUCAAGGAGAAUUUGAACAUGAAUCUUGGGAAAAAUUCUACCAACUAAAUAUUAAUUAUCGAGUUUGCCGUUCUUUUUGUCCGAAACCUGAUGAUCAAGAAACUUGUGAAUGUAAUCAAAGAAAAGCUUUUCAUACAGACCUAACAGGCAAAAAAGAAAAUAAAUGGAAGAUAUCGAGUCAUACUGAGCAAAAAUUCAAUGAUAGAUAUUUUGGUACACUCUUUAAUGACGCUUCAUAUGUUCGUCUUGAUAUUGAGACACAACUAACAACAGUUACAAAGCUUCUUUUCGAAGUUUGGAAAAUUCCAGAACCUAAGUUGAUUAUGUCAAUUAUUGGUGGCGCGAAAUAUUUUAAAUUAAACGAUCGGCUUGAAUCAAAUGUUAUUAAGGGUAUUAUGAAUGUUGCUUGUAAAUCAAAUGUAUGGAUGAUUACAACUGGAUAUAAUGUUGGCAUUGUUCAACUUCUGGGACAAGCAAUUGGUAAAGUUAAAUUAAAAUAUCCAAACCAAAAGAUAACUGCUAUUGGUAUUGGUAAAUGGGGAAGUAUUAAAGAUGUACAAAAAUUAACAGGCAAAAACGAAAAAAAAACUCAGAAAGGUAAAAUUCCAAUCGAACAUUCAGAUAAUGAAGAAGCAGCUGAUAAACUGAGAAAAGGCGAAUGUGAUCUUGAAAAAAACCAUAGUCACUACUUGAUGUUAGAUGAUGGAAGAUAUCGGCAUUUUGACACGAGAGAUUUUCGAACAAGAUUAUGUGAACACAUGGCAAACCUAGACAAGAAGAAUGGUUUUCACACUCCUGUUGUCACUAUCGUUGUUGAUGGUGGUAGUGAUACUAUGGCAAAUAUAUAUUAUGAUUUAAAGCAUAAUAUUCCUGUUGUUAUUAUUAAUGGUAGUGGUCGUAUUGCUGAUUUUUUGAGUCGUUGGUUAUUGUAUACAAAAAACUUCGAAAAUGAUUCUGAACACGGUAAAGUGGCAUAUGGAAUCUAUGAAUUAAAAACAAAAGAUGUUACACAAAAAGUUUCAAAAAAUAGAAAAACACCAAAAUCAAGAAACAGAACUGAUAUACAUGCUGAACUUCAUGUUGAUCCAUCUGAAACAAAACUUUGUAAUCUAUUUACUAAAUAUGAGAAAGAACUUAAAAAUGAUUUAGAAAGUGUUUUAUCUCCUGAUAAUGAUUCACAUAAAAAAAACUCUUCAAAAUCAGGCACCAGCAAUAAUCAUUCUGAUAAAAACCUAGAACGUACACUUAAUCAAGUUAUGUAUUGUCUACAGCCAGCUGUUCGCUCUCAAAUAACUGUAUUUAACUUACAUUCCGAAACUAAUUUAUCAGAAACAAUUUUUGAAAGUAUUUGUAAAUAGCAUACACCAUUCCUUGACUUAGCAAUGGAGUGGAAUUGUAUACAUGUAGCUAAAGCAUUUGUUUUCCAAAAUUCAUUAGAUAACAUAUCGGAUCCAGAAAAGGCUUUUCUAACUGCUUUAAAACAGGAUUUACCAACAUUUGUAUAUGAAUUUCUCAAAUUAGGAAUUCAGCCAGCUAAAAUAUUCUUUCCAUCAAACCAAUUUUUUUUAAUAGAAGGUAAUCGAUAUGCCACGUUCAUUCAAGAACUUUACAACGAUAAUAAUGAUUAUAUGGCUACCGAUAAAACUCAUUUUAAAUAUUUUAUCGAACAUCGUGGAGUUGUAGGUAACAAAAAUAUUGAUUCGGUUGACUCACUUAAUAGAGUUCUCGAAAAUCUUAUCGGUGAUUAUAUGCAUAAACUUUAUUUUGAAACCGACGAACAUGAAGAAAAAGAUCGAAUAAAAUGGGGAUUAAUGCGAAGUUCUAAACAAUCCAAAAAAGAUAAAAAUAAAGAUAUUGAAAAUAUUAAAUAUUCAUCCACUGAACUAAAAAAACAACAACCAGACAGAUAUAUAAUGCGGGAUUUAUUUUUAUGGGCUGUUCUAAUGAAUCGUAUUGAUAUGGCUAAAGUUUUUUUAUCCCAAUUGAAAUAUCGAAUAUGUCCAGCAUUGAUUGCAACAAAAAUUUUAAAACAAUAUUAUUCGAUAGCACAUCACGGUGAACUAAAGACAGGUUAUGGCGACAACCUUAACUAUUUUGAAAAAUAUGCAAUUGAUUGUCUCAAUAAAUGUGAUCAUAAUGCAGAACGAGCUUGUGAACUUGUUGUACAACAAAAUGAACUUUAUGGAUAUGUUAGUUGUCUUCAAGUUGCUUCUGAUGCGCAUGAUAAAUCAUUUAUUGCAGAACCAGCUUGUAUACAAGGUAUGAAUAAUAUUUGGUUUGACAAACUUCAUCCAGAACAAAAGACAAUCAUGCAAAAGUUAGCUUUGUUGGCUGGUGUUAUUUCACUUGGUUUUUUGGCGCCUAGUGUUGUUACAUUUCGGAACGUUGACAAGGAGACAGUAAUUGGUGAAUCUCUUAAAGCGAAGUUGGAACCAUUUGGCAUAAAUUAUUCUGACCCAUAUCCACUUGAAUAUCCUCGUUAUUUUGAAUUAACACCUACAUUGAAUACAUAUAUACAUCGAUUUGAACAUUUCCAUUUAUCGCCAAUGAUAAAAUUUUGCUAUCAUUUGACAGCUCAUUUUUUUUUUCUUUUACUCUUCUCCUAUGUACUUUUGUUCAAUUUUUCACCACCAAAAGCUCAAAGUCCAUCAAUACAUUGGACUGAAAUAUUAACAAUUAUUCUUGUUUCAUUAAUUAUGGCUUACGACAUCGAGCUAUGGUGGCUUCGUUGUCUAUCAUUCAUUAUUGUUGUACCAUAUCUUGGACCACAUCUGGUAGCUAUUUGGAAAAUGAUUCAAGAUCUUUUAUUUUUUAUGGUUAUUAUUGCAGUAGUGAUGAUUGGUUAUGGUGUUGCAUCUCGUUCAAUGGUUUAUUAUCCAAGAGCGAACAAUUUUACAAUGGAAACAGGUGGUUCUAUAGAUAAUAGUUUUGAUGGUAGAAGUGUUUUUCGUCAUAUUGCAUAUCCAGUUUAUUAUUUAUUACACGGAGAAGUUGGUAACGAACGAACAAGUCUUGAUAGUAAUCCGGAUGCUGCUUGGUCAAUUUCAAAUCAUAUUUUGCUUGCUAUUCAUAUGUUAUUUGUUAAUAUUUUACUUACUAAUCUGCUUAUUGCAAUGUUUAGUAAACGAUUUGACGAAGUUUAUGAAGAUAUACAAAAUAUUUGGCAGUCACAAAAAUAUUUAUUUACACGUGAAUAUUUCACACGUUCACCAUUUUUACCACCAAUAAAUCUUAUUUAUGAUAUUUAUUAUUUAUCGCGUAUGUUCGUCUUUUUUAUAAGACGAACAUUUUUUGACCAACCAGGAGAUCAUCAUGCUAAAGUAUUCAAAAUGAUUGCAAAAAACAAACCUCUUCUAGAAGAAUGGCGUGAAUUUGAAGGUGCAGCAACAUAUCAAUAUGCUCAUGAUCAAGUAAAAGCAUUGAAAGAUGCAUCAACACGGUUAUCAGAGGGAUCAGAUUCGUCUAGUAGAAAAAAAAAAGAGGAUCCAAUGAAUAAAGAUAAUGUGUUAAGUGAUACUAUGGACAAUAUAAAAGAAGUACAAGAGAAUAUAAAAAAUUUAAGUUCAACACUUGAUGGAAUGAGACCACGAAUUAUGAAUUUAAUUUCGUAA